CCGUACUGACUCUGAGUGUAGUGUACUUCGUUCCGAACGGCACGUCUUAUCUGGCUGUCAAUCACGCAUUAGGUACAGUUCACGUUCACGUUCAGUAAAAUGAUACCAGUACGCGGUAUUUUCCGGAACGCAUCACGUCACGCAGAACACUGUCUGUCUGUGAAAAGCCGACGUACGCCCGCGGCAUCGGUCUCCACCGGACCCCAGCAGCAGCAGGGAACUUUCUAUGAGCUCCGCACCUAUAACAUUCAGCCGCAUCUCAACACUGCCUUCCUCAGACUGACCGGUGAGAAGAUCCACCUGCGUUCAGCCCACUCAGAGCUCAUCGGGUACUGGAGUGUGGAAUAUGGGGGUCUCAAUCAGGUUUUCCACAUCUGGAAGUAUGACAGCUAUGCCCAGCGGGCAUCUGUGCGGGCAGCCCUGGCUCAAGACCCCAACUGGAUUGAGCAGUACAUCUCUAAAGCAAUGCCCAUGCUGAGCUCUCAGGAUAAUGAGGUGACGUACCUCGUACCCUGGAGCAAAAUUCAGAAGCCACCCAAAGAUGGAGGAGUUUUCGAACUGGCAAGUUUCCAGAUGAAGCCGGGCGGUCCGGCAGUGUGGGGCAGGGCAGUUCAGGCAGCAGUGGGCACCCACACAGGGUCAGGAUAUGCCCACGCAGUUGGGGUUUUUCAUUCUGAAUUUGGACAGCUUAAUCAAGUGCAUGUUUUAUGGUGGUUUGAGAGCGCAGACCAGCGGGCAGCAAUACGACAUAAAUCUCAUGAAGAUGCCAGAGUGGUGGCAGCAGUAAGGGAGAGUGCAGCGUACCUGGUGUCACAUAAGAACAAACUCAUGUUCCCCUGUGCUUUCUCACCAAUCAAAUAACAUGGCUUCAUGCUUUGACUUUAAAAUUUGAUUAAUGCAGUGCAUGAGAUAAGUGAACUGAUAAACAGAUUUAAUUCUAGCAAGUUCCUUUAGAAGUUUUGACUAAUGGUCAAAUAAUUAUUGUGAAUCAAAAUAAUGCUUUACAUCACAUGAAGACUUCCAUCCUCAAACUACUGCAGAACUACAUCAGUGUUUCAUAACAUGUCAUUCUUUUCUACAAUAAAUGCUUACGUAAUAAAAACAUUUAUAAAUUCA